UUCAUAUGUUGAACACCUCACUUACUAUCGCAUGUGUGACGAUACGAGAUGGAUGGAUUGAGGCGGCAAAAUAUCCCCUCACCCACUAAAUCGUCAAUGUCAAUCCGCGAGCACCUGCGAUCCAUUCACCGACACAAUGUCCACACCCUGCGACAUGCCCCGUUGGCGGAGCUGUCAGGCUCACUCGGAGAUCUGGGAACAUUGCUGCCUUUGAUGAUUGCCAUGGCCAUGAAUGGGUCCAUCGACCUACCGAGCACACUCGUUUUCUCCGGCAUCACCAAUAUCAUCACCGGCGUGGUGUUUGGUGUUCCUCUACCUGUACAACCGAUGAAAGCCAUUGCGUCGGUAGCCAUUAGCCAGCAUUUGAGCAACGAAGAGACUUCCGCCGCGGGGUUGGUGAUGGGCUUUGCCGUCCUCUUACUCAGUGCAACCGGGCUGCUACGAUGGCUACAUAGGGUGGUUCCUGUGCCUGUGGUGAAGGGCAUCCAAGUGGGCGCUGGCCUGGCUUUGGUGAUUUCUGCGGGCUCGAUGAUUCUACCGCUGCACUGGACCGCGCCCAGCUACGACAAUCGGCUCUGGGCCAUCGCCGCCUUCAUCCUGCUAGUCAUCGCGGCUCUUCUCCCUCGUUUACCUUAUGCUCUGGUCGUCUUCGCAUUCGGUAUCAUUGUCGCUGCGGUAGCCGCCGCUCCGGCUGGGGGUGCUUGGGAAGGAGGCGACAUUCAUCUCAAACCCAUCCGAGGCGCGGGACUUUGGCAUCCAGAGCUUCGUGUCCCGGGUGGUAGUGCUUGGAAAACAGGGGCCAUUGAUGCCGCUAUCCCACAGCUGCCACUUACCACCCUCAACAGCAUUCUGGCAGUGACUUCUCUAUCUGCCACGCUGUUCCCCGACUACCCACCCGCCCCAUCUACAACAUCUAUUGGCUUGUCCGUGGCGAUCUCCAAUCUGAUAGGGUGUUGGUUUGGUGCGAUGCCUAUCUGCCACGGGUCAGGUGGCCUGGCGGCUCAAUACCGCUUCGGGGCUCGCAGCGGUGCAAGCAUCAUCAUUCUUGGGGCGGUGAAGCUUGUGCUGGGCCUAUUCGCGGGAUAUGCCAUUCUGCCGUUAGUGGCGCGCUUUCCGCAAAGCCUGCUGGGAAUCAUGGUGCUCGCGGCGGGCGUCGAGCUUGCCAAAGUCGGGCAAACGGUGCUCAACACCCCCGACGUUUGGGAGCAGGUCGAGGCAGAUCACGGAAGUUCAACAGCGGUGCAGAACACGCCGGCAGACGUGGAGAGGGAGAGCAGAGAGCGGUGGAUGGUGAUGCUCAUCACGGUCGCUGGCUGUCUGGCAUUCAAAAACGACGCGGUUGGAUUCUUGGCUGGGAUGGUAUGGUAUUGGGCGUUGAGGGUGCCGGGAUGGGUGUCGAAGCUCCGACACAGGCGUGGGCAUGGAUCAAUCAGGCUGAGACACGACAGUCCGAGCAGGGGGUAAUUCCGAUGAAUCAGUACGCGGCAGGGGCAGGCUACGUGCCAGCAGUGGGUCACCACUUCCGCUCGCUGACGGCCUGCGACGGCCUGGCGCUUCUCGCAAAUAUCGAAUACAUAGAGUAUAGCAAGCCCUAGAUUGAAUCCGAGGCUCGUUCAGGCUUGUUGUAAGGGAG